AUGGCUCAAGAGCUGCUGCGGAGAGUCCGCAGCGAAAUGCAGCUGGAGCCCCACAGGGGCAAAGCCAUUCGCAAUUUGCUGCUGGGGGCCCACCAGGGGGCCCCCCUGGGGGCCCCCACGGGGGCCCCCACGGGGGGCCCCGUGGGGGCCCCCGUCGGGGGGGCCCCCGGGGAACAGCUGGGGGGGCCCCCCGUGGGAGGGCCCGCCCACGCAUUUUCAGAAGAAAGUACCCACCAGCACCAUCACCUGCAGCAGCAGCAGCAGCAGCAGAGGGAAGAAGCGGGGGACAGGCAGCAGCCAGUGGAGGCAGCUGAUAGCGUUAGCAUUGGCCGUAGCAGCAGCAGCAGCAGCAGCAGCAGCAGCAAGUCGCAGCCGUCUCCGUCUCUCCCGAGUCCCACGGACCCAGGAGCAGCAGCAGCAGCAGCAGAAGCAGCAGCAGCAGCAGGAGGCCACCACCACCACCACCACCACCACCACCACCACCACCACCACCAUCGCCGGCAGCAGCAGCAGCAGCAGCAGCGAGGAGCGGGGUCCGAGGCGCCUGGGAGCAGCCGCAGCAGCGAGAGCAGCAGGAGCCGGAGCCGUCGGAGCAGCAGCAGCAGCCGCAGCAGCCGCAGCAGCAGCAGCAGCAGCAGCAGCAGCAGCAGCAGCGCUGCGGGGGAGGGCCUGGUGGCGAUAAGCGCAGCAGACAUUGCGUGGGACAUCAGCAGCACGUUGCGGCCAUUCGUGCGGUGUUUGCUAAUCGCUGAUUUAGGGUUUGAACCCUCCGAAUUGGGGUUUACUGCUUCCGAGCAGCAGCUCAUCAAGCAGCAGCUGCUGCUGCGCGUCAAAGACAGCUACCCACAUGUUUGUCCCCUUUUGCUUUCCAAAGCAGCACAAAAAGAAUGUUAUGCUGAACAAAUCCUCAACACUCUUUUCCACUGCAGAACGCCCCCAGUCGGGACUGGGUUCUCGCACCUGGACUUCCAGGGCUACGUGCUGAUGAACGAAGAGUUUGCUGCUGCUGUUGCAGCAAACUACUCCGAAGGAGAUGUCAUUCUCAUUUACGACUACCACUUCAUGCUGCUGCCCCUCAUGCUCAGACAAACGCUGCCGCGGGCCACAAUUGCAGUGCACUGGGGGACAGUAUUUCCCAGCAGCGAAAUUUUUAGGAUUUUACCCCAACGAGAAUUGCUGCUAAAUGGUUUGCUAGCAGCAGAUUUAAUUACUUUUCAGGCUUUUGCAUUUCACCGGCAGUUUGCAAACACCUGCAGACUUUUGAAAGGAAACAGCAGCUUAAAUAAAGGUGUUCGCCUAGCAAUUGUGCCGCGGGGCCUCGACCCCACCCCGUGGCUGCAGCAGAUGCGCCAGCAGCAGCAGCAGCACCAGCAGCAGCAGCAGCAGCACUGGGAAGAGCUGAAGCAAAAGCUGGGGGGCCGCAUUGUUUUAAUCAGCACAGAUUCCAUAAGUGCCAACAGCGGAAUUCCCCACAAGCUUGUGGCCUUUAGACACUUCUUGCAAGAAAACCCUAAUUUAGUGAAUAAGGUUGUUUUGGUGCAAGCAGCCAUUACUGACAGCUCCUCGCCGGACACCUUUCUGGACCAAGACCCUCGCCAAGUCCUCAGCGAGGCAGAAUGCCACGAGCUGUUAUCUCAAGUGUACCACUUCGUGGGCUGCAUAAACUCGGAGUUCGGGUGCGUGGCGAGCCAGGCCGUGCACUUCCUGACGGUGCCCUUCACGGCCGCCGCGCUGGCGCCGCUCUUCGCCUGCGCCGACGUGGGGCUGUCCACGCCGGUGCGCGAGGCCUUUUCCUGGGCGGCGCCGGCCUUCAUCCUUUGCCAGCGCUUUUCCCGCAAGGGCGUCCUCGUCCUUUCCGAGUUCUCCGGCUCCGCCCAGGCGUUGGGGGCUGGGGCGCUGGUGGUGAAUCCGUGGAACACGAGGGCCUUUGCUGGAGUGCUUUUGGAGGCGGUGAAGAUGCGGGAGAAGGAGAGGGCGGAGCGGCACGCCUACGCAUACAGAUACUGCAUCAAGCACUCCGACAAAAUGUGGGCGCGGCAGCUGCUGACCGAGCUGGGGUCUGUCCUAGAGGAGAAGAAUAACUCUGCUAUUCUCAACGGAGACUCUCCCGAUACCCCAACGAGGGUUUAG